GCUACGUUGGUUGGCUGAAACACGUCACAGCUUUAACUAAUCUCUCUCCAUCUCUAAUUGAACUGCACGCUACUCAGUUGACGAACUCUCUGCCUUUAACUCGCCGGAGCAGCUCACUCCUUCGCCCCGGCGUAUUCUCCCUCCUCCGAUUCACUCUUUGUGUAAGAAAGAAUCAGCCCACUGCGUUUCUGUUCUAUCGACUCCAGUGCAGUGAUAAAUUUGGCCAUGAUUACCGCGCAGAGAAGCUCUUCAGGGUCUUCCCAUAGUCCUCGAUCUCCCUCAUCGCAGCCUUACUUGUCGAUUUCGGUGACUGAUCCUGUGAAAUUGGGUAAUGGCGUUCAGGCGUACAUUUCUUAUCGCGUCAUUACCAAGACAAAUUUUCCUGAAUACCAAGGGCCUGAAAAGAUUGUGAUUCGGCGCUACAGUGAUUUUGUUUGGUUACGUGAUCGUCUUUUUGAAAAGUACAAAGGUGUUUUUAUCCCUCCUCUUCCAGAGAAGAGUGCUGUAGAAAAGUUUCGUUUCAGUGCUGAAUUUAUUGAGUUAAGGCGUCAAGCACUAGAUAUAUUUGUCAAUAGGAUAGCCUCUCAUCAUGAGCUUCAGCAGAGCGAGGAUUUAAGAACCUUUUUGCAAGCAGAUGAAGAGACAAUGGAGAGAUUAAGGUCUCAAGACACUGGUAUUUUUAAGAAGAAACCAGCUGAUUUGAUGCAAAUCUUCAAGGAGGUGCAAACUAAAGUGAGUGAUGUUGUUCUGGGGAAGGAAAAACCGGUCGAGGAAUCAAAUCCUGAAUAUGAGAAGUUGAAAAACUACAUCUUUGAGCUUGAAAACCAUUUGUCUGAAGCUCAAAAACAUGCAUAUCGACUUGUGAAAAGACACAGAGAAUUGGGGCAAUCUUUGUCAGAUUUUGGGAAGGCGGUCAAACUUCUUGGAGCUUGUGAAGGAGAUGCCCUUGGGAAGGCAUUUUCUGACCUUGGGGCUAAAUCAGAGUCAUUAUGUGUUAGGCUUCAGAAGGAGGCCCAUCAACUUUUAAUGAAUUUUGAAGAACCAUUGAAAGAUUAUGUUCGUUCCGUGCAAUCUAUUAAAGCCACCAUAGCUGAAAGGGCCAAUGCCUUCAGGCAUCAAUGUGAGCUGGCCGAAACAAUUAAGUUGAAGGAGAUAAAUCUUGACAAGCUUAUGUUAACAAGAUCUGAGAAAGUGGGAGAGGCCGAGCUGGAGUACAAGGAGUUGAAGGCAGAGAGCGAGGAAGCAACAAGAAGAUUUGAGAAUAUCGUGCGAGUGAUGAAUGAAGAGAUAGUGCGUUUUCAAGAUCAGAAAACAUUGGAUAUGGGGAUUGCUUUCCACGAAUUUGCAAAAGGACAGGCACGUUUGGCAAAUAACAUUGCAGAUGCAUGGAGAAGUCUCCUUCCUAAGCUUGAAGCUUGUUCUCCAUGAUUGCAGAUGCCAAAUGCUUGACGAACUGUUCACGUUCUAUGUUCCAACUUCCAGUGAAUGGAAGGUGCAGCUUUUGUAUUGUAAAGACUUGUGACUUACAGGAGUUAGUUCGAGAUUUGCAAUUUAUGUGAUUGUACAAAUUGGAAGCUAAUUGAGAAGGCGUAGUUCAUCCUCUGAAAUACAAUUAAAAGGGAGCAAUACACGUGAAAAGAUUAAAAUGUUGUCUCAA